AUGGCCGUCGCACGAUCGAUUCGCCGUACCAAUCCUAUCACACUGGUCCUGGCCGGCCUUCUGACCAUCGGCUUCCUCAUCUUCAUCUUCUCAUCCACCGACGCUGGACCUGCACUGCAUGUCCCUGGUGCACGACAAUUACUCAAAUCCAAAGAUGCUGCUUCAAACGCCCUCUCCCCUCCAUCGCUGCCCUUCUUCAAGUCCAAUCUCAAGGCCGGCGAAAAGGCCCCUCCUCCGCCAGUCGUUCACUACCACAUGAACAAUGUCACCAACACUCCCGACCCCAUCGGCAAUCGUGAGAGUGUCCUCAUCCUCACUCCCCUCGCCCGCUUUUACGAAGAGUACUGGACCAACCUCGUUGCUCUGUCAUACCCCCACGACCUCAUCAGCUUGGGCUUCAUCAUCCCCAAAGGUCGCGAGGGCAAUGCUGCAACUGCUCAGCUCCAGGAACAGAUCGCCAGAACUCAAGCAAGCAGCAAGCGCUUUGCUUCCAUCACAAUUCUCAGACAAGAAGACGAGCCACCGCUCACUAGCCAGUCUGAGCACGAUCGCCAUGCCAUGUCGGCCCAGAAAGAGCGCCGUGCUGCCAUGUCGCGCGCAAGAAAUGCUCUCCUUUUCACAACUCUUGGCCCUACCACUUCGUGGGUCCUCUGGCUUGAUUCGGACAUUGUCGAGACUCCUCACACAUUGAUUCAGGAUUUGGCCGCUUUCGACAAGCCCAUCAUUGUUCCCAACUGCUUCCAGCGCUACUACGACAAGGAAAAGGGUGCUAUGGACGUCAGACCUUAUGAUUUCAACAGCUGGAUAGACAGCAACACUGCCCAGAAUUUGGCUUCCAAGAUGGGCCCUGACGAGAUUUUGCUCGAAGGCUACGCAGAGAUGGCCACAUAUAGAAGCUUGAUGGCAUACAUGAGCCAUCCUGGAGGCAACCCCAAGGACAUUGUCAACUUGGACGGUGUCGGCGGAACAGCAUUGCUCGUCAAGGGUGAUGUUCAUAGAGACGGCGCCAUGUUCCCGCCAUUCCCCUUCUACCACCUUAUCGAGACAGAAGGGUUCGCAAAGAUGGCAAAGCGAUUGGGAUGGAGCAGCUGGGGAGUGCCCAACUACUUUGUCUACCACUACAACGAGUAA